UCUGGAUUGAAAAUAUACAAUCGAACUAUUGACCUGACACAGCCUUAACAAUAAAAACUGAUAUUUUUAAUACGAUGGCGGAGUGUGUGUUUACGAUAAAUACACGAAGACGGUUAGAGAAAUCAUUCAUAAGUCUUAUUGUCUCGAGUGAAGAAGGCCUUUACGCCGAUGGCUUAGUCAUUUAUGUCUGAAUAUAUCAACUCAUUGUAUUCAUUUCACAGGAUUUUGCAAAGGAGUGAUAAUGCAACAGCUAUAUUUAACCAUCUUCAUGACAUAUUUUAUACAUUACGUCCAAGCCACUUCCGAAUCUGUCUUACUCGACAUGAUGCACACCUAUAAGAAAUUUGAACAAAAUUCGGCAGAUACUACUUUUUACGAUCACAUGCAUUUAUUGGAAAAAAAAUUAAAAUCAUUCGAAACUAAAUACAAUCAAUAUAAAAACCUAUCUCAAAAAAUUAACGAUGAGUUAGAAUAUGAACAAUGGUCUUUUGAUUUGUUUUCAAAUAAUAUUGAUUUGGAAAAUAAUAAAAUAUUUUACGCAAACGGUACUUGUCGACAAAAUGCAUAUCAAGAAUAUAAAAUUCUCUAUGAAUAUUAUUAUUCAAAUAUAUAUUUCCAUUCUUCGAGAAUAACACCGUUUUUUAGGAAACUAAACAAACUUUACAACGCAGAAAUAGCGUUUUUAAGGUCAUACUAUGACAAUUUCAAGAAAAGUUUGGCAUCGAGUAAAGAGAAACAUGACCAAAAUCUGCUGUAUCUUGAGGAUCCAAGUUCAAAAGCAUUAAGUGAUGGCAGAUAUCAUCUAAUCAAACCAGAUAAUACAGAAAAUAACAUUACAGUUAUUGAAACAGGUAGAUAGUUGUUUAUGUCUACUGCCGCAGUAGGGUCGCCGCGACCCUGUUACUUUUGGUUCAUAGAAAUGAAAACAUAUUGUCUUCACUACAUACUUAUUUAUGUUUAUUUUGUUGUUCUAAUAAGCUAAUUGUUUUAUUUUUAUUAAAUACCCAUCAUAAUCUUUUAUUUUUAGUCCUUAAAAACUAAAGUAUUUAUAUUGUUAUCAAUCAUUUUGAUAGUUUCAGUAAUUUAUCUAAUAUAAUGAGAUUUUUGUAAAUAAAUGUUAUAUUCAUUUUUUGUAAAAUUUAUUUUUGUAAUAAUCUAUGAUUAAUGUUGAACGUCUUAUCUUUUAUUAUAAUUUGUACUAUUUAUGGCUAUAUUGCGUGUUAUAUGAUUUUUAUUUUUGUUUUAUAA